AUGGGUUCCCAAAAUAACUCGGAGGGCCAGGCACCCAAUCCACUAAAUCCUGAAUUUCUAAAUCUUCUAGAUCAAGAUUUUAUCGACUACUACAAUAAGCACCUGGCAGGGAUGCCCAAGACGCAUUUGUUAAGUAUCGAGGAGAUGAGAAAGAAUGGACAUAAAUACGCUUCUCCUUGGUGUCGAGACUUCUCUAAUGAAGCAUUUGUCAAAGACAUCAAGCUAGCCGCAGAUGAUGGCCAUGUUUUCACGGCAAGAUGCUAUUAUCCGGACAAGAAAAAGUCGACUUUUGGCAUCGGUCCUUACCCGGUCUAUAUUAACUUCCACGGAGGUGGUUGGACGUUUGGUGGCCUUACGGGCGACGCAGAAAUCUGCAUGGCCAUCCGAGACCGUCUCGGCAUACUAGUUAUGGACAUAGACUACAGGCUUUCUCCAGAGAAUGCCUUCGGUACCGGCGCCGACGAUUCUUGGGCAGCAGUUAAAUGGGUACAUCAAAACGGCACCGAGAUUAAUGCCCAGGGUGACUGCAUAUCAAUCGGCGGAAUAUCAGCUGGGGGUCACAUCUGCGCCACCUUACAGCAACUUGCUCGUGAUGCUGAUCUGCCGUUGAGGCUUGCCAUUCUCGCAGUCCCCGCGGUCAUAUACGAAGGGGACUUCAGGAAACCAUCGGAUGCUCCCUUCCAAUCGUGGGUAGAGAACCAGAACGCUACUUGUCUCAAUUGGGAGCGAUCUGAAUUCUUUCAGCAGCACUAUAACCCCAAGAAUAGUGCUGAACGAGCUGAAUUUGACGCAAGGCCCAUAUGUUAUAAGAGUCCCUUAUACGGAGAGCUAAGAGGACUGUGUGAUACCUUCAUUUGCACCGCAGAGCGUGAUCCUUUGCGCGAUGAAGGGGAGGCGUAUGGCUUGAAGCUUGCCCAGCUUGGUGUCCGAGUUACCAUCCGACGGUAUACCAACGUGGCUCAUCCAUUCAUGCAUAUGGCACCAAUUAAGAAAGCUCAGAUGUAUUUAGAGGACAUUUGUGGCGAACUAGGCAGAGCGAUCAGCUCCAGAGAAGCCUAA